AUGGCCGCCAUGAAUAUCAGCCUCGAUAAAAUUAGCUUCUACUCUCAUCCUCCUACAAAGUCCUCCUCGCGUGACGUCGCUGCUUCUCGUUGGAGGCCAUAUCAGGCUUCUUUAGCUCCACAAACUCUUCCCCGUGCCCUGCCGCCGAGACCGCAAGUUCAUGGAACGACCUUCAACUCAGAAUCCGAUGCUAGCCUUAAUGUCUCUCCGCAAAUUCAAGCUCCUGUGAGGGAAGCCUUGGAUUCACAUGCAGGCAGUGAAUUUGAUAUCGAAAUAGGGAGAGCUGUGAUGCAUAACAGCCAGGUCACGCACGAGACAGACUUGGACAUGCCUCUCGACUCGGGGCUGUUAAACGAAUGCCGAAUCGAUGUGCCUCAAAGCAACUACAAAUCCUUGGUUACUGAUCAUCCAGACCGGUGCCCUGUGGGAGAGGUUCAUAGUGACAUAGAUACCGCUUUGAUAUCAGCAGAAUCUCAAUUGUAUCAUUCAGACCCGCCCGUCACCCCAACCGUCACCCCAACCGACUUGCUAAGAUGGCGUCGAGACAGUAUCUCGUCGUUAGGAACUUAUGAUGAGACCGACAAUAGCCCUGCUCCACCCGAAGUCAACUUGCAUUGCCCGCGUGUCAUGCCAUCACCUUCGCCCGAUUUGCCAGCACCGCCCAGUAUUGAAACAAUCAUACAAGACGAAUCCGUUGAAGACGACACCAUGUCCGGGCCAGAAAACAAUGGAGGUCGGACGGGAGUUCUGGGGGAUGAGGUGACAAGACAAAGUGUUCAGGUCAAUGAACCCUCAAUCAGCGAGGCUAUUUCGGAUGAGGAUGAAGGAGUCGGGCUCACUGAGGAGAGCCAAGCUCCUGUAAUUUUUCGUCAUGGGCCUCGCACUCGUUCAAUCAAGCAGUCUAAAGCCACUCUGGCAAGCAUAUGUUCCUUGCGUCCACGACCAAAUGCAGGCUUUUCCCGGCCAAAGCAAUUCCCUGCCGUUUCUGUGGUCAUCCCAGCCCGUCGAGUUGAUGAAUCGGCGGGAAGCACCAAGACGGAUGCUCCGGCCAGAGCACGACGUAGCAAUUGGGGCGGCAGCGGUGACUUCAACAAUGACGGGACAAUGCGGGUAUCGACGGGAGAGUAUUCACCAUUUUCAGGUGGAUCCAAUUCCAAGACGACAGGACACCCACCGAAAAGGCCGAAGAGGGCAAAGCAGAAUCACUUAGCCCAGAGAAAUGCUAUCGUGGUGGAAUGCGCUACUCAGUCCCCAAAGCCCUCGAAGGGUGGUGGUUUGGCUGUCACAUCAGGUGAAACACAAGAAAUUUUCGGCCGCGGAGUUCUCCGUAUCGAAGCUCGUGGUCCUCGACAUGCCUAUUUCAUGACGUUCCUUCCGGAAGUUUCACAUCGCCCGUCUACGGCAGAAAUGCCUCCUGAUCAGUCUUCACGUUCCGAAGGUUUCUCCGACAACGCAUCAUCGCGACUUGUGCGACGCAGAAGACGUCAACGAACGAUGUCCACAACAUGUGAAGAUGGAGAUGAGUGGUCCACAAAAACACCACUGAAUUCGCGAUCUCGUGAUACGCGCAACAAGGUCCAACGAAAACCCAGGAGGCGUUUGCCGUGGUCUUCGGAAGAGAUCGAUUUCCCAGAAGAAGCCCUGGCUCAAUCCAAGUUUACUGGAGUACGCACAGGCUUCAAGAAAGUAUGA